CUUGGCGCGCACCGUAGUUGAGGCACCACCACUCGCUCUGAUUGGCUGAAUAAGCGUGACCACCCGCCGACAAUACAACGUAGUCAUUAAUGUUACAUUAUCUUAACUAACGGUAACGUCAGCUGGUUACGUCGCCCCAUAAACAGGCCGCCAUUAUGGGUAACACAAGUGACAGAGUGUCUGGAGAUCGGCAUGGAGCCAAGGCCCACCGCUCAGACAGCGGCGGCAGUCACAAAGACCACGAAAUCAGCAGCAGCAAGAUGGUGGACAGCACAGACGACCCCAACAUCUUCAACACCCAUGGGGCAGAGUCAAAGGUGUUGGGAGACAAAGAAUCGGAUGUGGCUGACCAGCUGAAAACUGGUCCUCAGGCCCGACCCACAGUCAUCCGCUGGGCAGGAGGGGGGAAGGAGGUCUUUAUCGCCGGUUCAUUUAAUAACUGGAGCACAAAGAUACCACUAAAUAAGAGCCAUAACGACUUUGUAGCAAUCCUAGACUUGCCAGAAGGAGAGCACCAGUACAAGUUUUUUGUAGAUGGACAGUGGGUGCAUGAUUCCUCAGAGGCAGUUGUAACCAGUCAACUCGGCACCAUUAACAACCUAAUCCAUGUGAAGAAGUCUGACUUUGAGGUGUUUGACGCCCUUCACGUUGACUCUCUGGAGUGCUCGGACACAUCGGAUCUGUCCAGCUCGCCCCCAGGCCCAUAUGGGCAGGAGCAGUACGUCUUCAGGCCGGAGGAGCAUUUCAAAGCCCCGCCCAUACUCCCUCCUCACCUCCUUCAAGUCAUUCUCAACAAGGACACCAAUAUAUCUUGUGACCCUGCCCUGCUGCCUGAACCCAACCAUGUCAUGCUAAACCACCUCUAUGCCCUCUCAAUCAAGGAUGGAGUAAUGGUGCUGAGUGCUACUCACAGAUACAAGAAGAAAUACGUCACGUCUCUGCUUUAUAAGCCUAUCUAAAGCACAACUCGGGAGCUCCACGGCGCUUUUAGAGAGCAGCAUGUUUCUAUUUGUCUGCGAGGUUUCGUAUCAUCACAUUUAGCUAAGUGUUGCAUUGCAACAAGUUUACAGGCGAGCCAAAUGGCUGUGACUUCAGCUUGGUUUUCCAAAGGCUGCGGUUCUUUCUGCAUAGGGCUCUGGAUAAAAGUAGAGAGUGUGUGUAGUGCGUUGGAGCGAGAGGAAAACCGUACUGUGGCUUUUUACCUGUGACAUCUAAGGACAGACGAGAGACUGCCUAAAUCACUGUUUUGACUGCACCUUGUGAAUAUAUGCAUGACCGUGUGGAAAACGAGGGCCGAGUUGAUCUGUGAAUUGGGCAAGUGUCUGCCAUGGUGAUUUUAAGGAAGCUCUCCUACAGUGAAGUGGUCUAGAAUGUUCUUGGUGUAGAUCCACAGUUUGAUUUUAAAGUGUUGUUGUGUUACAUUUUGAACUGACCUUAUUUGUGGUGUGGAUGUCGAACGGAGCAGCAGACUGCGCAUAGCUUAAACAUGAAGUGCAAUAACAAGCUGUAAAGAGAACCCAACUCAACAUGGGCUCCCAAACAUCCGAACCAGGAGUCGAGUGAGGGGGGCAGCAGCAAAACAACAGUUUAUCUUAACGGUCCCUGUUCCAUGUAUCUUUGAAUUCUCGACAGUUAAGCUAUCACGCAGAGGAAUCUAUAACAUUGCCUAAAGUGCUAUUAUUGCUCACUGUAGAAGGAGUACGUGUCUGUUUCAUCAAGAGAAGCCCACUUUCCACAGAGAGAAUGGAGGUCAAAGGCAUGUUGCCUUUUUAUCUCGACAUUUGCCAUCCUGAGAGCUGGAGCGGUGAUAUAAGCUUAUGGGGCCCAAUGUUUGCUGUUCCUUCUUUAGAUCAGAGGACCUUGCAGUGCUUUUUGUGUGCACCUGCAAAAUGGGAAUGUACUGUAGGUUUUUGUUCACCUCAACAGUUUAAACUGCUUCGCAAGCAUCCAACGUUCCCAACUUGCGAGGCAAUGACACUUUUACUGAGUUUGGUGCACAUUCAGAUGAAUUUAUAGGGCUGUGAGGAGGGAGAGUUGUGCAAUGUUUGCUCAAGUGUCUUUUACUGCAAAGCCAUUAGACAUGAACUGGAUUUUAAGGUGUGUACUUUAGUUAUUUUUGUCAGGUUGUGCUGUUUGAUACCGUAUGUAUCAAUGGUUGACACAGACUCAUAAAAGGGGCGCUCAUACCUCCUCUUCAUGUUCAACUAGACGCUCUGAAAGUAUUUUUGAAUGUUGAGCCUGGUUGGGAUGUUUUGUCCAAAGAGGAUUUUUCAUGAAAAGACAUUGAGGGGAAAGCCCCAUUGUGGUGUGGUGUUGAAAGGCUAGAACCCCAAAAAUGUUGAAACGGUUUCAUGAAUGUUUUAAAAUGCUUUGCAGGUGGUUCUCUGUACACGGUUUUGCAAAUAAAGAGCGGAUACGCUGGUCCUAA